AUGGCGAUGUGCGUCGAGUGCGAGGACACACUGGCUGCCGUCCGCUGCGAGGACUGCGACGACUUGUACUGCCCAUUGUGCUUCAAGGCGCAGCAUCAAGCCGGCUCGCGCUUGCACCACCGACCGACAGAGGUACCAGGAAGCUCCAGCUCCAGCAGCAGCAGUGAUAUCGGCGUCAGUCCUAUGUCUCAUCACGAAUUAUCUACUAAACCUCUCAUCGAGCAUGUGUCACCGCCAGAGGAUAUACCAGCUAUUGUACCACCGCUACCACCUCCUGUGGCGGUUACAAAAGACGUGACUGCGGAUCAAAAAGAAGCGCUCGAGGCAGAAGAUUCGGAUGAUGAUGAUGAAUUGAUGAUGCGCGAGAUCGAAGCGGUCCCAUCUGCACUGAUGAAGGAGGCGGCGUUCAUUCCGUUGCGACUCAGUGAGGACGAACGGGCGCUAUUUAAUCUGCUGGACGCAGCGCUGAACGUGAGCGAGUACACGGACGCAGUCGACGUGUUGUCGUCGUACUCGACGGUGAAGCGCAUGCUGCGCGAAUUGAAUGAGACAUUCGGUGUUCUCUCGGGGCUCUUGAUUGCCAACAACUUCCGUGAAGGCCGUCGACUUGUGCAGCAAAAGCAGUUUAAGGACAAUGAGGACUUUUUCGGUCGGGUGUUUGAGAUCGGACGUCGAUAUAAAGUGAUGAACCCCGAACGCAUGCGCAACAAUUAUGGCAAGAUGAUCUACUUGCUGCAGGAUGCCAAUGUUCGUGAAAUCCAAAAGUAUCUUGGCUUCUCGUGUGUAUCACCAAUCAAGACGGUAGCAACGUUGCUGGAAGAACGCCGUGCUCUUGAUAUGCUGCGGGAUACGAGGUGUGCUGUAGCGACGUCUGUUGCUGCAGCUACAAGCCCUGCUGAUGCGCAAAGCUUGCAAUGUUUUUUGCGUGACAAGCAGCAGGCUAUCGAUGGGCUAGUGCGUGAUUAUUCAUCGGCGUCAUUAUCGGAAGAGGAGAUCCGUCUAUGUCUCGCAUCCAUUGCGGAUGGCCAGAGCUACCUGGCAUCCAACCGAGCGCCGAUCACGCGAAUGAUCGAAUACUUGGAGAAAUAUUUCAAGCCAGAGAAGCCCGAGCCAGGUUUCAGCCUCGAGAUCAAAGCCGGCAGAAAUGGCGCGCGACUCAGUCACAGCCACGCGAGCCAGUACGAGUACGUAUUGCAGUCGCUGCUGCUCUGGAAGAAUAUCACGACUUCAAUGCUGCGUCUAUGGUGGGCCGUCGAAGAAGAUUUGCUGGGCGGAGGCAUGUAUCGGCUUCGUGACACCGGUCAGGGUCUCAACCGCAUGCAGCAUGCACCCGAGACAUCUCGUUUGGUGCACUCAAUCUUGAACCAUACGCAAAAGAUGCGCCCUCGUUGGGUGGGCUCCUCGAUGGUACAUCUCGGCGACCACAAUGUGCCCAAUGCACUCAUGUUCAUCGACAAGUACACGCAGAUUUCUCGCAUCCUGAGCCCGAUCGUGAACACGGUGCAUGAAAUUCCAGUGCUAGCAGUGCAGUCGAACACGCGCGCGUACAUUGAGGACAGCUUUGGCGGCGCGGAGACGCUCCGAAAACGUAUAUUGUGUGACUUUUUCAAGCACGGGUUUGAUGGUAGUGGUGCGGACAACUUUUUUGAUGCUGGCUCCUGCAUUGAUGGUCGCUUGACUAGCGCCUGGAAUUGGUGCUCUCGGAUAGAGAAGAAGUCCUUCUUUUACGUGUUCCUCAUGGCAGGAUUUGUCGGGUUCGACGGACACUUUGAGAAGUAA